CUCCCAGCAGCUGGGUUGAAGUAACAGCUCGAGCGAAGCACUUUGCGUUGGAUGCAUGAAUCACGUUAAUUCGUUAAUUCACAGUGGCAACAGUAAUGGAUAAAUGAAGUCGCUUUUUGAAUGGGCUGGAGCAAAAGAGACGCUGCGUAACUGAGACAGCACGCCUAAAGGACGAAGGACUGGUGCGCCUUGGCACCGCGGGGAAACAACAAACUUCACAGACGAGCUGAGCAUCAAUUUAGGACCAAAUCGACGCAGAGUGAGGCACCAUGUGUUCGUGGACUGUGUUUGAUCAUUUAAAUGUAUAAUUAAAACGUAGGCUCCAGAAUACGGUGUGGAAAGCGACCGUGUUGUGUUCAUUUGCUCUCCCAAACCGUGUCAAUGCUAGAAUGGCUUGUGGCUCUGUGCUUUGUGAUCCUGGUGGUCUUAAUCUGGCCAGGCUUCAAAUAUUUUAACACCGAGAGCCAGUCGGAUGCCUUGCAUCAGGGACUGGGGAUCUCACAACUGGCGAAGAUUGACAAGACCGGGAGGUGCGUCUCAGAGCAAGAGGGGAGCGACGGUGCCCAGGCGGGGGACGAGAAGAAACGCGCCGUGGCACUGAUCUGCAAACCGUCCGCACUGGCCAACUAUCUCUUAAAACACUGCAGGACUUUCAGUAAUUACGCGCCGUGUGUCGGGUGGACGUGGCGAGCCGGUGCCUUGCUCCAAAGUGUGUAUGAGGCGUGCUGUCCGUACGACAGCCCGGUCCAGUUUGUGCGGGACAACCUGCAGCUGAGCGACGAGGGGCUGGUGGCUUUGGACUGGGCAGUGCCCACAUACCAGAAACGACGCAGGACUUCCAGCCACUCCACCAGUCCUGUUCUGCUCAUCAUCCCAAACUCUUUUGGGAAGAUCACAAGGAAUCUGCUAAAGUUGUGUGAAACGGCACUGUCCCAUGGCUACCUCCCUGCAGUUUUCAACCGCCGAAGCCACAACGGCACCCCGCUGACCACCCUGAAGCUGCAGCAGUUCGGUGACCCUGCAGAUCUGCGAGAGGCAGUGCGCUACAUUCGCCACCGACAGCCUGCAGGGAAACUGUAUGCAGUGAGUGAGAGCACCGGGUCCGGCCUCCUCCUCUCUUACCUGGGGGAGUGUGGAUCAUCCAGCUACGUGACAGCGGCCGUCUGCCUGUCCCCCGUUUUUCGCUGUCAGAGCUGGUUUGAGAACGCGCUGUGCUGGCCCCUGCAGUGGGCGUUGGCGCUCUACCAGAAGAUAUGUCUCAGCAGGUACAAAACGGUGCUGGGUGAGACCAUACAGACGGACACCCUGUUUUCCAGCUGUUCCCUGCGUGACCUGGAGGAGGCGUUGUUCUGUCAGACAAUAGCACCACCGGGGACGAGCAGUAGCUGCAAUACCUCAGCUACCUGGGAUGUUUACUGGGAACGCAAUGAACCUUUGAGAGAUGUGGACGAAGUGGCUAUUCCUGUUCUGAGUGUGUGCGCACAGGAUGACCCGAUCCGCGGUGAUGCCCAAUCAACAAUACCCUUGGAACUCUUUGAAACAAACCCACAUUUUUUCCUCCUCCUAACUGACCAUGGUGGUCACUGUGGUUUCUCCACCCAGUCCAAGGGUAGCCAAGCUGGGGCAUCUGGUUCAGUCGGUCCUGUGGCUGCACCAAGCAGCGGGAUGGGGAGCCGUCACAUCAGCUGGAGCCACAAAGCUCUGCUGGAGUUCUUCAGGGCGACCACAGACUUCUUCGCUGCAGAAGAGAGAACCAAGCAGCUCGCUGCCAGGAGGAGGGGGCUGGGGGGAGGCGCAGCAGGGAGGACUUUCCGCAACCGCAGCGUCAGUACGUGUAAACGAGUGCCAGAAUGUUCCCAUAAUAUCCAUGCCAUUUACAACUGGCAGCGGUCCUAUACACGAUGAGGGGAGCUUAAUGGAAGCUAAUGGACUUACUGGUGCUGUCUGAUAUUGUUUGGGUUGAUCUGAGAUGUGAAGAACUCUGCCAGUGUGGCACUCAGUGUUAAGAUGUCCAAAAUUAGAAAAGUGCAGAUGUUGUGAAGUGCUGAGGUCACCGAGUGUUUUUAAGUGUGUGUGGUUCUCACACACUUGAUGUUAGCCAUAGAACACCCAGCGUCAUGACAGGCCACAUGCUUGCAUGCAGUUGUUAUGUUUAACUGCUGACACUAAACUCACCUAUAGAUGAGUGGCUAUAAUUUUUUCUACAGACUGAUACAAAUCUCUUCACUAACAGCUGUCAAGGAUCCUGUCACACAUACAUUAUUGUUUAUCAGAUGUAUUCAUCUUCCUCACAAUUCACACAGUUUACACAAUUUAUUUGUAACCCACUUACUGCAGUAUCUUGCUGUUAUUCUUUUUAUCACUGACUAUUGGAGGAGACUUAUUCAACAUAUUGUGCAUAGAGAGGAAAGGAGAUAAAAAUCCUGUAAAAUAUGAAGUUAAUUAAAUCUAAAUGUCAAAUGAG